UACAUAUAUAUAUAUAUACUACACACAAAUCACAGCAGCAGCCAAGGAAAUAUUGUUAGUCCAAGGGCCCGCUGGAGAGAGCGUGCAGCGCACUAUGGGCAAUUGCCUGAAAUGCUUCCAGUCGUCGUCGUCGUCCGCCGCACCAACAUUGCCAACAAGCAGCUCAUCUCCAAACGCAUCGCACACAUUGAACGCCAACAGCUGCCAAGCGGCCACCAGCAUUGGCAACUGCUACGAUAUCGUUGGGGUGAAUGCGAAUGAACGUUGCGCCAUAUACAGCGACAGGCCACGCGAAACCGAUGAAUUGCUCUCUAAUCGAACUCCACUCAAGCCAGCAAAUAAUUGUGAUACUAAGCGUAAUAGUUUUAAGUCCUUAGGCUUGCUUAAUGGAAGUGCGCCAACCAUGAGCGAAAUUAUAACAACUGCGGUCAAGGAAUCCAUGGAGGUGUCAGAUCAAACGCUAAAUAAACUAUUUGAGAUCUACAAAGAUCCAGACGAUGAAGAUAUGAUACUCACUGAUGGCAUUGAACGUCUGUGCAAUGAUCUUAACUAUCAGCCGGAUGAGUUUGCAAUACUUGUGCUUGCCUGGUGCCUCGAUGCAUCACAGAUGUGCCGCUUCACCAAAACUGAAUUUAUUGACGGCCUGCACAAGAUGCGGGCAGAUACAAUUGCGAGCAUACGCUUAAGACUUGAACAGACUAUUGAGAUGCUUAAGGUUGAUUCGGAAAUGUUUAAGCAGCUCUAUCGUUUUACGUUUCGUUUUGGCUUGGAGCCAGAUCAGCGCGUGCUGUCGCUGGAAAUGGCAAUCGAUUUGUGGAAACUAGUGUUCACUGUACAAACACCUGAUCUCUUUUCAAACUGGGUAAUCUUCCUCGAAAAGCAUCCGAACAUACGCCGCAUACCCAAGGAUACAUGGAACAUGUACCUCAAUUUUACUGAACAAUGUGAUAUAGAAAAUUAUGAUGAUACCGAAGCGUGGCCAAGUCUCUUCGAUGACUUUGUCGAAUAUGAAAAGAAUCGUGCACUGGAGGUGACCGUCCACGAUGAUGAUAACAACAAUGAUGAUCCAUUGCAGAGCCAUGUCAAGGCCGGCGGCGAUACGCGUCACGUGUCAUAGUUUAAGAUGCAGCCCAGUAGCCAAACACACAUAAUCGUUUUUUAGGGCCAAGCAACGUUCAACUCGCUAAUAGAAAUUUAAAGCAGUACAAUUUCAACACGUUAUUCAUUUGCGCGCUCUCUUAUCUAUUAUCUUGCUGUUAGCGUAUGCUGUUUUUUUAUUUUUUUUUUUAUGUGUUUUGUUUUUGUUUUUGUUUACUUGGAAAACCUUUGUAGUCGGUUCUGGCCAACGGUCAUAGAUCUACGAUGCGGUGCUGGCGCUGCUUGGAUGAUUCACAACCACCACGAACAACAACAACAAGAACAACAAUAAUAAUAAUAUAAAAAAAAAUGUAAAGAAAAAAAAACUGCAACAACAACAAAUGCACAGACAGAGCCAGUCAGCCAGCUAGAUGAUAAUUUACCUUGCAAACAUUUAACGCGCAGCUAAAAAGGGCAACGGACGCAUUUGUUUAUAAAUUAAAGACUUAUCAACAAGAAUUUCGAAAAGCUCAAUCAUACGAAACCGCAUGUGUAUAUAUAUAUAUAUAUAUAUAAAUAUAUGUAUAUUGUACUAAAUGACUUGAUGCAACUAGAAGAGCAAACAUGUUUUCAAUGUGUGCAACAAAUCGUAUAAAUUAUACAUUAUAGCUAUUAA